AUGUUCAACUCUCUCCAGACCGUCGCCCCAGCGGCGCUAUUGGCCCUCAGCGCUCUGCCGUCCGCUCUGGCGCAGGGCUACUCCAUAGAUUCGGAUGAUGCAAUCCGUGAAACAGCACGCACACUCGCGUACGACAUGAUGCUGUUUUAUGAAGGCAACAAGACCGGCAUGAUCCCCGGUAUUCUGCCAGGACCCCCAGCCGACGGAAAGGGCGAUUACUAUUGGUGGCAGGGCGGUGCCAUGAUGGGCACAUAUGUCGACUACUGGCACUUGACCGGCGACACGAGCUACAACGACGUCGUCCGCGAGGGCAUGGUGCACCAGGUCGGCGACAACCGCGACUACAUGCCCCUCAACCACACGGCCUCGCUCGGAAACGACGAUCAGGGCUUCUGGGGCAUGACGGCCAUGCUAGCCGCCGAGAAUAAGUUCCCCGACCCCCCCGAGGAUCAACCCCAGUGGCUGGCCCUCGCCCAGGCCGUGUGGUCGACGCAGAAUGACCGAUUCGACGACCACUGCAACGGAGGUCUCCGAUGGCAGGCCGUCUCCACCAACGCCGGAUACAACUACAAGAACACCAUUGCCAACGGUUGCUUCUUCAACAUUGGUGCUCGCCUCGCGCGCUACACCCGCAACGAUACCUACACCCAGGCCGCCGAAGAGACGUGGGACUGGCUCUGGGGGGUGAACUACAUCGACCACGAGAACUGGCGUGUCUACGACGGUGGCCACAUUGAGCACAACUGCACCGACAUCAACAAGGCCACCUUCUCCUACAACAUUGCCGUUCUGAUGCAAGGCGCCGCGUUCAUGUACAACUAUACCGAGGACGCCAAGUGGCUCGACCGCGUUGAGAAGCUGCUGGACCGUUGCCUUACCGAUUUCUUCCCGAGAGGUGUCGCUUAUGAGGUUCCUUGUGAGAGGGACCCUGGCCGCUGCAGUGCUGACAUGUUGACCUUCAAGGGAUACAUGCACCGCUGGCUCGCUGUUGUCACGCAGCUUGUUCCCUCGACAGCUUCGAAGAUUCUGCCCGUGCUGCAAAACUCGACGCAGGCUGCUAUAAGGCAGUGCACCGGUGGCGCCUCGGGCCGCGUGUGCGGCUUCUACUGGGACAGGGGCGAGUUUAUCGACCCCGCUGUCGACAAGACGACUGGUGCAGGCGAGCAGAUGAACGUCCUGGCCGCCGUUUCCUCGCUUCUCAUCGCAGGCGCGAACUCGCCCACGACCAACGACACCGGCGGCACCUCGAGGGGAGACAGCAACGCCGGCAGGGACAGCAACCCGUUCCAGGACCCGGAGCCGAUCACGACAGCGGACAGGGCGGGCGCCGGUAUCGUCACUUUUAUCAUCCUGGCGAGCGGACUGAGCUCGUGGUACUGGAUGAGCUUCUGGGACUAA